GAGAUGGUCGAGCCCAACAUGCUCAAAUGGACAGCCGUUCUCGAACCCUCCGAGGCACCUUUUGACAAGGGCCGCUUUACCAUUGACAUCACUUUCCCCCGAGACUAUCCCUACGAGCCCCCAUUUAUCAAGUUUAUCACUCCCAUCUACCACCCGCACGUUUUAGAGAAUGGCUUGGUUUGCCUGCCCUUGGGGGAUUAUAACUGGCAUCCUAGCCUUGGGAUCUCCGGAAUGUUGAAGCACAUCCUGCAAGUCAUCAACACCCCCGAACGGGACUACAUUCUGCGCUGGGACCUGGGCAAGCUCUAUGACGAGAACCGCCAGCAGUUU